ACACACAACUCUUCAACGUGUUGUUCUCUUCGAGUGAACAAGCCCAUCUGAAACGUAACAAGAAGUCAAGUAAAACAUUGGGGGGGGGGGGGGGGAUGGAGAAGAAGCUCCUCCGUCUACACACGCCAUCAUCACCGACAAGCUCCUUUUGAUUUCAAUUAGAAGCGAGGGAAGGUAAUCACGAAUCAUGUCGCACGCUCUGAUAAAUGGAUUGGCGGGAGCUGGGGGUGGGAUCAUUGCUCAACUCCUCACUUAUCCUCUCCAAACUGUAAAUACACGCCAACAGACGGAGCGAGAUCUCAAGAGGGAGAAGAAGAAGAAGAAGCUUGGAACUUUCCAACACAUGUGCCAGGUUGUGAGACAAGAAGGAUGGGGGCGAUUGUACGGUGGUUUGGCUCCGUCUCUUGUUGGAACUGCUGCUUCACAGGGUGUGUACUACUACUUCUACCAAGUGUUUCGUAACCAAGUUGAAGCUGCUGCUCUUAAACAAAAGAAGAAAGGGCUUGGUGAUGGAUCUGUUGGCAUGUUUUCUUCACUCCUAGUCGCUGCCUUAGCCGGAUCAGUUAAUGUUCUUAUGACGAAUCCAAUUUGGGUGAUUGUUACACGCAUGCAGACCCACAAAAAAAUGCCAAAAGGUUUACAGACGGUCCCCGAGCCACCUUCUACUGAUGUAGAAGCUCUGGUUCCAGUUGAGCCUCGUCCAUACGGAACCUUUAAUACGAUUCGAGAGAUUUUCGAUGAAGCUGGAGUGACUGGCUUCUGGAAAGGUGUUAUACCGACAUUGAUCAUGGUUUGUAAUCCAGCAAUGCAGUUUAUGUUAUACGAGACAAUGUUAUCAAAGCUGAAGAAAAAACGUGCGCUCAAGGGUAGCACCAACGUGACGGCUUUGGAGACAUUUCUACUAGGAGCUGUGGCUAAACUCGGAGCUACAGUCACAACUUAUCCUCUCUUGGUUGUGAAGUCACGACUUCAAGCCAAACAGGUCACUACAGGGGACAAAAGACAACACUACAAAGGAACGGUGGAUGCGAUUCUGAAGAUGAUACGAUAUGAAGGGCUGCACGGGUUUUACAAAGGGAUGAGCACAAAGAUUGUUCAGAGCGUUUUCGCUGCUGCUGUUCUGUUCAUGAUCAAGGAAGAGCUUGUCAAGGGUGCUAAGCUUCUGCUCUCCAACGCCACUUCUAUCAAGUCCAAGCCUUCUUGAGGCUCAAUCCUACUAUGAUUUUAGAAAAUAAGAUUGAAAUUUAAAACUUCGAAUAAUUUAUUGAUUAGUUAUUUGCAGUUGUUUAUUUUAUUUCCUGCAAUCUUUUCAUACUUCUUACUAUACAUUAAUUGAUAAGUCACUUAAAUAAUUUUUGCUUA